AUCAUCUGUUUUUGUGAACACCGCCAACAGUGCAGCACCUUUGUCAAAAUAUACAGCUAAUGCUGGGAAAGUGUUUUGCAAACAAGUACAUAUAUAAUCAUAAAUAUAUAAUUACAAGUGCCCCGAUAUUUUGAAAGUCUCAAAUAUAAUCGAAUCCACUGAAAAUUAUGGCUCUGGUAAACGAAGCUCGUAUCGCCUUGAAUCGGAUUGGAGUGAUUUCUGUGCGUCAGCAGUUGCGCUCACUAACUUCGGGUAAACACUUGGACCAACAAGCACAACCACAAGAAGUAAAGGCUCCUCAAAUCAAGACCUUUCAAAUUUACCGCUGGAAUCCUGACAAUGCUGGAGAGAAACCUUACAUGCAGACUUAUGAAGUGAACUUACGCGAAUGCGGUCCCAUGGUCUUAGAUGCUUUAAUUAAAAUUAAAAAUGAGGUCGAUCCAACUUUAACUUUUCGUCGUUCAUGCCGCGAGGGAAUUUGCGGUUCCUGCGCCAUGAAUAUCGGUGGUACGAAUACUCUGGCAUGUAUUAGCAAAAUUGAUACUAAUCUUUCAAAACCGCUUAAGGUUUAUCCACUUCCUCACAUGUAUGUAGUUCGAGAUUUAGUACCUGACUUGAACAAUUUCUAUGAACAGUACCGUUCAAUUCAACCAUGGUUACAACGAAAGAAUGAAGUGAGCGAGUCAAAGGGUAAAGCGCAAUAUUUGCAAUCUGUUGAAGAUCGUUCAAAGCUGGAUGGUUUGUAUGAAUGUAUUCUUUGUGCUUGCUGUUCGACAUCGUGUCCAUCCUACUGGUGGAACGGAGACAAAUAUUUAGGACCAGCCGUUCUGAUGCAGGCCUACCGCUGGAUAAUUGAUUCCCGUGAUGAAAGCACCACUGAACGUUUGAGCAAGUUAAAGGAUCCCUUCAGUGUGUACAGAUGUCACACAAUAAUGAAUUGCACACGAACUUGUCCCAAAAACUUGAACCCCGGACGUGCCAUUGCAGAAAUCAAAAAAUUACUGUCUGGAAUGGCAAGCAAGCCAGCUCCAAAACUGGAUACAGCCGCUUUGCAUAAGUAAAAUGUACGUAAUUAGACACCAACCAAAAGCUGUUAUACGAAAUUUAAUUUCAUAUGAGCUAUUCUUUAAUCUUUGAAUGUAACUUUAUUUAUUUUUCGUUUUUUCGCCAAUGCACAAAUUAAUUCAAAACAUCUUGUACUUAAACUCCAAUUGUGUGGUAAAGGAUUUACUUGUUUUUAGGAAUAAAGGCUAUAUAUCCGCUUUAGUGAUACAUAUAUGCAGUUCUAACGAAAGUAUAUGGAAAUAAAUAAUAUCGAUUGAAUACAAAAUA